GCGGGGGAAAGGGAGCCAGCAACGCCCGCGUCCCGCAGCAUGCACUGGGGGGUUGGUUUCGCCUCGUCCAGGUCGUGCGUGGUGGAUUUAAGCCGGAAUCAAAGCCUCUGGUGCGCGGGAUCCGACGAUCACUUUUCCUUUUAUGGGGAGAUCAUCGCUUUCCCUCUGCAGGAUUACGGCGGGAUCAUGACAGGGCUGGGAUCCGAUUCGUGGUGGAAAAAGACCCUGUAUCUGACGGGGGGAGCCCUGCUGGCAGCCGCUGCGUAUCUGCUCCAUGAACUCCUGGCCAUCAGGAAAGAACAAGAGGUUGAUUCGAAAGAUGCUAUCAUACUGCAUCAAUUUUCAAGGCCAAACAACGGUGUUCCCAGCUUAUCUCCUUUCUGCUUAAAAAUUGAGACUUAUUUAAGGAUGGCUGAUUUACCUUACCAGAACUAUUUUGAUGGAAAACUUUCUCCUCAAGGGAAAAUGCCAUGGAUUGAAUACAAUCGUAAAAAAGUAUCUGGCACCGAGUUUAUUAUUGAUUUUUUGGAAGAUAAGCUUGGAGUUAAUUUAAACAAACACCUUGGCCCACAUGAAAGAGCAGUUUCUAGAGCAGUAACAAAGAUGGUAGAGGAACACUUCUACUGGACCUUAGCAUAUUGCCAGUGGGUGGACAAUCUCCAUGAGACCCAGAAGAUGCUGUCUCUUACUGGCCCCUUCAGUGACUUAUUGAAGUGGAUUCUCUGCCAUAUAACGAAAGGGAUUGUAAAGCGGGAAAUGUACGGCCAUGGUAUUGGCCGCUUCUCCGAGGAAGAGAUAUACAAGCUGAUGGAGAAAGACAUGCGCUCCCUAGCAGGUCUUCUGGGUGACAAAAAGUACAUCAUGGGACCCAAGCUUUCUACCUUAGAUGCUACAGUCUUUGGUCAUCUGGCACAGGCAAUGUGGACUUUACCAGGAACCAGGCCUGAGAGACUCAUUAAAGGAGAAUUGAUUAACCUUGCUAUGUACUGCGAGAGGAUAAGGAGGAAAUUCUGGCCGGAGUGGCAUCAUGAUGAUGACAACACUCUUUAUGAGUCGGAAGAAAGUAGCGAGGCAAGCAAGACUCACCCCUUGAAGGACUUCAGUUUUUAUUCAAGGACCGAAACAUUUGAAGAUGAAGGAACCGAAAAUAGUUUUUCCCGAACACCUGACACCGAUUACACUGGACAUUCCCUCUUUGAUUCAGAUGUGGAGAUGGAUGACUGCACAGAUCAUGAACAAUGCAAGUGAUGAGUGUAAGAAACACUGCUCCAUCUUGUUUUGGAAAUACAACCGCCUCCUGGGGACCAUGCCAAUUGUCCCAUGUUCCAAAGAGGCUCAUAUUAGCAGGGAAGAGACCAUUGCGCUCAGUGCAGUUUCCGUAUGAUACCUGGACCCUUUCAGCAUCAUUUCAUUUUGUUGAAGUAUUCCAAUGGAUCCUAGGUAAACAAUUCUUAAUUCUGCUCAGCAAGGUGGUGAAAAGUUGACAAGGAAGGUAAUGGGUGGGGGUAGGGAUGGGGUUCCUGUUGAGAGAAGACAUUCUGGAAUAACAGGUACAAGCGGAGCAAAGUGCUAAAGAGAGCUUGCUUGGGCUGAUGCGCUCUUCUUCCCAUCAACAGACUGAAGACAAUAAA